CGAUGUUUAGCCAUGACGGCUGUCUUUAAGCUCUGUACUCUAGCAGCUCUUUAUCUCGCUUCAUCCGAAGCGUCAACUGACGAGAUGAGUGAAAGUGUAUAUCCAACGGCCACACAGACGUAUGAUUCAGAAAGUACAUCUUACCCAACGUCUGGUGAAAGUGACAAAUGCUCCUGCAACUGCAGUGAAUAUAUAGAUAACAAAAAGCCUCCACCUCCACCACCGCAUCCUCCUCCUCCUCCUCCACCUCCUCAUCAUCACAAAGAUGACAUACCGUCAUAUGACCAGAAAUAUUUCAUUCUAGAAAGCAACAAUGGCACCUGUUUGAACGUCUCUAUGGCAAUCAUAUUCACCAUCGUCUAUGACAUGUUAGAAAACAGUACGAGCAUCAGCAAUUUUGAGCUGCCAGAAGACGUUGAGAUCUCCGGCGAUUGUCCGUCAGUCUAUGAUUAUAGAAACAACAUCAUCACGUAUCGAGCCAAUGUGACCGUCAGUUGGGAUGGAGGCGACUUCUCUCUAACCUUCAUCUUUUUCACAUUCUUCUAUACAGAGGUCAUUCCUACUACAGCAGCACCAACAACUCAAGCCCCAGAUAUAAAAAAUGAAACAACCGGGACACCUGUCUAUACCGAGGAUUCAGUUGAUCAUGACCAACACAACAAUGAAGACGAAGAUGACCAACACAAUAACGAAUUUGAACCAACAGGGUUCCGUAUUGAGACAACUCAAGAUCUCCAAGGGCAACAAUACAUGUCAGAUGUCAUCUUCAAAUAUUACACUGGAUCAGACAUGUUUGAAGAUCCAGUAGAACCAUAUCAGUACAAAACGGCAUCUCAGAGUCAGUCAUUCUUUCAAACAGCUGCCGGAACGACAUACCUGUGCAAUGCCCAUACGGCACUAUCACUGAGUCGAGAUGUUACAAUGAACAUAAAGUAUGCUGUUCUUAAUCCAUUCUACUACAUUCACAAAAGAUACAACAUCAGUGACAAUGCUAUGCCACCAGUAUUUCAGUGUGCAGCAGACUUUGAGACUGACAACACUCUAAUGGUUGUAACAGCCUGCUGCAUAGCUGGAGGCAUUGCCGUCCUCGUCCUCGUUGCCGUCAUUAUUCAUUUUGCAACUCAAGGAACCGACAAUCAUCCAACCGCUAUGUUCAAGACCUACAAGUCUGGCUACACAUCAUUCCAGUAAACUUGACUGCU